GACAAGAGCAACCAAAUCCUUGAGAAGAUAAUCCAACCUAAAAUUCCCCUUUCCCAAAAUCCCUUUCCUCUUCUUGGGUUUCUUUGUUUUUUCUCGAUUAACGGACUUCAAUUUUGUCUUGGGUGUGGCAAUUCACAUAUCCCAAAUACAGUUAUUUAUGACUGGAAGAACCCACACAAAAACAUCUUAAGAUCUGUAAAACAAACCAAGAUCUAUUGCUUUUCAAUCUUUAUGGAACAGCUUAUCAACUUCAUCAUUCGCCCACCUAGAGCUGAGUACGAGCCAAACAAUGACUUACUUGAUCAAGAAUUCAUGCUUAAAGGGAAAUGGUUUCAGAGGAAAGAUUUAGAGAUCGUAAACAGCCGAGGAGACGUUCUUCAGUGUAGUCAUUACUUGCCUAUUGUGAGUCCUGAAGGAAAGCCUCUGCCUUGUGUCAUAUACUGCCAUGGAAACAGUGGGUGCCGAGCAGAUGCUAGUGAAGCAGCUAUAAUAUUAUUGCCAUCAAAUAUUACCGUUUUCACUCUUGAUUUCUCUGGGUCUGGACUAUCUGGAGGAGAGCAUGUCAGUCUAGGGUGGUAUGAAAGGGAUGAUUUGAGAUCCGUGGUAAAUUAUUUGCGAGCCGAUGGAAAUGUUUCAUUAAUUGGCCUUUGGGGCCGAUCGAUGGGUGCUGUGACGAGCCUGAUGUAUGGAGCUGAGGAUCCUUCAAUUGCAGGAAUGGUUCUUGACAGUCCCUUCUCUGAUUUGGUUGAUUUGAUGAUGGAACUUGUCGAUACCUACAAAAUUCGUCUGCCCAAGUUUACUGUGAAGUUUGCUAUCCAAUACAUGCGAAAAGCUAUUCUUAAGAAGGCAAAAUUCGACAUUGUGGAGCUGAAUACCAUAAAGGUUGCAAAAUCUUCUUUUGUUCCUGUUCUGUUUGGUCAUGCUGGUGAUGAUGAUUUUAUACAACCGCAUCACUCUGAUCGUAUCUAUGAUGCUUACAUGGGAGACAAGAAUAUCAUCAAAUUUGAGGGUGAUCAUAACUCCCCACGUCCUCAGUUUUAUUUUGAUUCUAUAAACAUCUUUUUCCACAAUGUCUUGCAACCACCAGAAGAUGAAGUUAGAGGGAGUUUCUUUGAUACGUCUCUUGAUUACCUUGGGAAGGAAAUCCAUGGAGAUGGAUAUGAAGACGAUUUUUUAGUUACACCUCAAGCAUCGACUAGCACAGAGGAUGCCAUUAAUCAACUCCGUUCUAAAAGACCAAUGAGUAGGACUGAGGUCCCUUCUGAUAUCCCAUCAACAGAUAAGCAAUGUAAUUCUGAGGAUGAAGGAAGUACAACUGAGCCUAUUCCAUCCUCUUCUAAAAUGAUCAACUUUGAGUUUUCUAAUGGCCUUCCAUAUGGUCCGCAUGUACCCUCAUCAGCAGAGGAUCAUGAGUAUGUCGAAUACCCACUUCAACACGUAGAAGGUUUCCCGUGCAAUAUAGAGGAAGAAGAAAGGAUGCUCAUGGAAGCUGUACUCCAGUCUUUAAAAGAUUUAGAAGCGAAACAAUUUCCUAGUGAGCAACAACCACAGCCGUCCAGUGAUGGUAAGGCAAAUCCAAUAAAAAUAGACCCAACACACGCUUCAACAGCAAGCAGCAGCGAUUCACCUUCGCAAUUCAUGUCUCCCUGUAAUAGCACAUCUUCUUCAAGUGUUACUCCAUCCGUGGAUGGUUCAACUAGGACUACAGCUACUGCUACUGCUGUUGUUGGUUCCUCGGAUGCUGACUUGGCUGAUCGGACGAAAGCCACAGUAACGGUCGAAAGAACCCCGUCUAGUAACAUAAUGGAUGGGUUGUUACGACGUUGGGAUCUUAACUUCUUCAAAAAUAGAUGAUGAUUUCAAUGUGUUGGUUAUAGGAAGUGUUUUACAUCUAUGGUUAUAAUUUAUUUUUUGGGUUUUGGAGGUGAUUUGUUACUGGGAUUGUUGGGUGAAAAUGGAAUUGGACAUGGUGAUAGAAAAGGUGUCAUUUGUUGUAUAUAAGGUUGAAUCCUUGAUUGUUGUUCU